AUGGAGUCUUUUAAAAGAACUUUGACUCAGUUCUUUCCCGGAAAGGCUACCCUCACUGCUGCCUCUCUCCCGCUGCAAGCGGGUCGGGUAGUGAUGAUCACCGGCAGCACAGCGGGUAUAGGACUUGCGCUCACGCGAAUUUAUUAUGAUGCCGGAGCCAUAGUUUAUAUGGCAGCUCGUAAUGAGGCGAAAGCCCAAACUGCCAUCCAAGACAUCACGACUAACAGCACAUCUAAGACCCCUGGCACAAUCAAGUUUCUUGCGAUCGACCUCUCUGAUCUGAGUACAAUCAAACCUUUUAUCACUGCAUUUCUAUCACAGGAGUCGCGACUUGAUAUUCUUCAUAAUAAUGCCGGGGUUGCUUGUGUUCAAUUGUCGCAGCGUACAGCCCAGGGCUUGGAGCCGCAAGUAGGCACCAACUGUGUGGGCCCUUAUCUCCUUACCUCACUUCUAUACGACAUUUUGGUCCAGACAGCGGCCGCGGCAGAUACUACUCCCAAUAGUGUACGGGUUGUCUGGACCAGUAGUCUCCUGGUCGAUACCUCAGCACCACCAGAAGGCGUUCCACCGGAAGAGCUUGAGAACCCCACUGAGGAUUUUCUUCGAAACUACACAAUCAGCAAAACUGGAAACUGGUUCCUUGCUGAUCGCUUUGCAAAACGAUUUGAUACUGCAGCUGAGGACAAUACUGCAGCUAAAGGCAAAAAGGGAGUUGUCAGCAUUACUGCAAACCCAGCAACAGCACAAACAGGCAUAUACGAGGGGGCUUCAAAGCUCUCGAUACUUUUGAUGAAGCCUUUUUUCGCUAGUGUUUUAAAUGGUGCUCAUACCGUGCUGUGGGCUGCGUGUAGCAAGGAUAUAACGGACCAAGAUGGCGGACGCUAUGUGAUCCCAUUCGGGAGGUGGCACCCAAACCCGAGAAGAGAUUUGUUGGAUGCGAUGUCUGGGAAGAAUGGCACAAACUUUGCAAAGGGACUAGAGGAUUGGAUUGAGAAGAUUGUACUUGCGUAUCGAUGA